AUGGAGAAGCAGGGAAAGCUUUCCUUCUCCAUCCCCACACAGCGUCGCCGGCUCAUCAAGCCUCCUGCCUGCCUCGCCGCCGUCGCCGACGAAGGCACAGGAUCUCGCUCCACGCCCGCCCCGCAGUUCAUCACCGAGUUCGGCCCCUCCGAAACCGCAACCCUCGCCGCGGCGCCCGCUAUCAUUGUCGCACCGCUCCCCAACUUCCACCUGUUUCGUCGCGAACCCUGCGACGGAUCAUCGUCACUUAAGCCUGCGAUCAUCGAGGAAGCAGGCAUCGUCUUCACCAGGGAGCCCGACGACAACCCUCGCUCCUCCAGCCACGCCUACGGCCUCAACCUGCCAAGCGCCCCUGCUGCCGCCAUGGACAAAAACAAGGCACCGCCUCAUCAGAUCACCACCACCGGCAGCGAGCUCUUGCGGCGGCGGUUCAAGCAGGACAUUGCCGCCCUUUCCGACCACCGUGACACGGAGGAGUACCCCCAAGUUUUCUGCAAAGGCGUUUGCUUCUGCGGUCCUGGCUGGCUACGGCUGGUCCAAGGGUCAAGGUAUUGGAAGGAACAAGAAGAAAAAGGCAGAUACAAAAGUUUUCUCGUGCGGCCGUCGCCCUGGGACAGGGGCACAAAGACAGACGUUUGGCUUAGGCUACAACCCAGAGAUCUCUGGGGCUGGGAAGAAGAGGAAGAGACAAGACACUAG